AGCAUACCAUUUUGCUGCUGCUGCUGCGACUCCUGUCCCCAGGAGUCAAAUGCAACCGUCCUCUUCGAACGCGCAGUAAAACCAAACCAACAACCACAGCGUUCCAUUAAAAACUCGAAUGUCGAUUGUGCGAGAUGGUUUGGUUCGCGAGUCUAUUACUGUUCUUUCUUCUUCAAUCACCAUCUACAGUUAAAACCGCCGAACCACCUGGUGGUUACUAUACGACCAGAUACGACCAUCUAGAUAUUGAAAAUAUCCUGAACCAGAAAAGGUUGGUCCAUUAUUAUGCUGCUUGUUUGUUGGAUAAGGGGCCUUGUACACCACAAGGGAUUGAAUUUAAAAAUAUUUUACCAGAAGCUGUAAAAACCAAUUGUUUAAGAUGUACAGAAAAACAAAGAGUAGUAACUUUAAGAUCGAUUCGAAGACUUCGAAAGGAAUAUCCGGAUAUUUGGCGUCAACUCGAAGCAAGUUGGGAUCCAACCGGAGUUUAUAUAAAACGAUUAGAAGAAUCGGUUAACAAACCUAUUCCAAACCCAACGUUAUUAUCAUCAACAAAUAUCGUUGAAAAUACGGUUACAUUAUCUAAUCGCUUCGACGAUCAAACGGACCAUAAAAGAGUUCCAGAAGAUAUUACCUCAAAAAGAACAAUAGUUUCAUCAUUUUCACCUCCAUCGUCACUACAAACAUCAAAACCAAGUGUAACAUCUCCGAAACCAUCGCCAACUACAUCCAAAUUUAUCGAAUCAACUUCACCGAUUAGUACAACAUUGAAAUUUUUAAUAACAACACUACAACCGAAUACGACCCCGAAAUAUUCAACGACCACUUCAAUUUAUCGAGUAACAAAGCGGAUUAUUACAAGACCUUUUAGUUCAAUCGGUCCGAAUCUUGUCGUUCCCAAUCCAAAAGCGUUAAUAGACAAGGUCAUUUCGACAGCAGGAGCUGUUUUAAAUAGUGUUACUAAUACUGUUACGAAUACAGUAGUUACUGUAUUUAAAGGUUAAUGAAUCAUUAAUUCUUUUUUAUAAUGUUUGUUUCGAAUAAGAAUUAAUUUUUUUAGCAGCAACGCACGUUUUCUUGCUUCUUUUAAACGUUUUUUUUCAGAUGUUUUUUUUUGUGAAUGACUUCCUCGUUUUAGAGUGUAUCUAUAAAUAGUGAUUUUAAUUUUAAAUUAAAA